AUGGAAGAAAUAAAUGAAGAAUAUGAAAGAAUUAAAUCAUCAAAAAAUAAAGAAGGUAGAUUUAAUAAUCCAUUCGGAGUUAGUGGUGUAUUUCCAGGAUUUUCAAAAGUAGUUAAUAGAAUUAAAGAGAUACGUAAAUUUCCAAUCAUACCAUUAACAGAAGAAGAGAGAAGAGAUAUUCAUCCAUGUUUAAAACCAAAUUUUGAAUUGAUUAAACAAGAAUAUGAUUUUAAAACAACAAUAAAAUCAACAUGGAUUGGUCAUUCGACAGUGAUUGUACAACUUGAAGGAUUCACAUUCUUGACAGACCCAGUUUGGAGUGAUAGAUGCUCACCAUUCACAUCGAUUGGUCCCAAACGUCAUACUGACCCAGCUUGUGCAAUCUCUGAAUUACCAAAAAUUGACUUUGUUUUAAUUUCACAUACCCACUAUGACCAUUUAGAUUAUCAAUCAGUUGUUGAAAUUUAUAAAUUACAAAAACCAACUUUCUACGUCCCAUUAGGUAUGAAACAAUGGUUUUUAGAUGCUGGUAUAUUUGAUGUUUUCGAAUUAGAUUGGUGGGAAGAAAUUAAAUUUAUUAAAAAUGAAAAUGAAAAUGAAAAUAAAAAUGAAAAUGAAAAUGAAAAUAAAAAUGAAAUAAAAUUAAUAUAUACACCAGUUAAUCAUAGUUCACGUAGAGGUUUAUUUGAUAAAGAUAAGGCACUUUGGGGUGGUUGGAUAGUUCAAGGUGAAUUUAGAAGAUUUUGGUUCUCUGGUGAUACUGCAUAUAAUGAUAAAUUAUUUAAAGUUAUUGGUCAUCAUUAUGGUCCAUUUGAUUAUAGUUUAAUUGCAAUUGGUGCCUAUGAUAGAAAUAGAGAAAUAAUGAGAGCAAAUCAUAUCGAUCCACAAGAAGCAGUAAUGAUUCAUCGUGAAAUUAAAAGUAAACGUUCAUUCGGUAUACAUUGGGGUACUUUUACAUUAACAAAUGAACCAAUUUUAGAACCUCCACAAUUACUAUUAUCAGAAUCAAAAAAACAAUCAUUAAAAGAAAAUGAAUUUUUCGUUAGUAAAAUUGGUGAAACUUCAAUAAUCAGUAAUGAUUUUAAUCAAAAUAAUAAUGAUGUAAAUUAA